AUGUUAAUUUGCUUUUUUCUACUGAUCUUUACCAGUCCGGCUAAAGUGAGAGCUGGUGAAAUAGUUCAUGAUGAUAAUUCGGCUCCCAAAAAGCCCGGCUCUAAAACAAAACCUAAAUUUGCGAAGAAAUUAGCAAAAGAGAGUUCGUCUACGAUUUCUUAUUUGAUAAAUUCAUGUGGGCUGUCUCCAGAGAAGGCUAUCUCUGUUUCUGAGAAAGUACAUUUUGAAACCCCAGAGAGACCAAAUUCUAUGCUUACCUUUUUAAAGAAACAUAGGUUUAGUAGUACCCAUAUUGCUAAUCUUGUUAGGAAAAGGCCUAAGCUUCUUUUAUCCAAUCCUGAGAAAACCCUUCUGCCCAAGCUUGAAUUUUUCAAAUCUAUUGGAUUUUCAAAGGAUACCCUUCGGAGCACCAUCUCCAGAGACCCUACUUUAUUGGUGAGAAGCUUAGAAAAUCAUAUUAUUCCCAACUAUAAUUUUCUGAAGAGCGUGCUUUUGACUGAUGAAAAGGUUUUGGCUGCUAUGAAGCGAACAUCAUGGAUUUUUCUAGAGAAUCCUUCGAAGAAUCUUGGUAUAGAAGUAUAG